AUGGAAAUGAAAGAUUUUAAUAAUUUGAAAUUUUAUAAUUACAUUCCUGUGAAUAGAGAACUUAAGAAAUGUUGUGUGCCAUGUCCUGAUACAGAAGAAUUUGAAGUGAAAUUAAAUCAAGAAUUAGAUGAACAAUUGAAAAAUGCAUUCCAGGGUAAUAUCCUUGAUCAAAUUAAUGCUAGGAAUAUCAAUGUAGAUUUGAAAAGAGAUUUACAGAAAAAAUUAAAUAUAUUAUCAAAAAGAACGGAUAAAGCGAUCAUAGAAUUAAUUAAAAGGAAAAUAAAUGAAAGUAAAAAUAAUAAGGAAACGUCCAACGUAAAUGACGAACAGGAAAAUACGAGUAUGACAUUAAACUUUGACCGAAAAAAUGACCACAACUUGGGUCAUCUUCUACAUCAGACACUCAAUAAGUUAGAUGUAAUGGACGAAUCAGAUUAA